UGUCAAAACGUUUUCAGCGAUAAGCUGUGGAGUUGACAAAAGCGACCUGUCUCAGUCGAAACAUUUUGGGCAUAGUUUAUUUUUUAUAUUGCCGAGGUGUGUCCACGCCGGGCGGACAGCGCUGAAGAGGAUUACCUUAACCGGCUGCGACCCUUACCCCCCCCCCGUACUGAGCCGAGGAUCUGGUCUCACCGCGGACUAGACGGCAGAGAGAAGAAAGUGGGACUUUAUUGUUCGAGGCUAGCUAGCUAGCUUUGCCAGACGGCUUGUUUUUUUUGUGUGUACAGCAGGCUAUAUGGCUGCGACCUACGAGCCGAUAUAUGGACUUUCUGAAGAUGAGAAUGAAACGAGAGUGCUGCGGGUUAAGGUCAUUGCAGGAAUUGAUUUGGCGAAGAAAGACAUCAUUGGAGCCAGCGAUCCCUACGUCAAACUGUCCCUCUAUGUUGCUGAUGAAAACAGAGAGCUUGCCUUAGUUCAAACAAAAACUAUUAAAAAGGUAGGUCGUAAGACCCUCAAUCCCAAAUGGAACGAGGAAUUCUACUUCAGAGUGUGUCCACUGAAUCACAGGCUACUCUUUGAGGUGUUUGAUGAAAACAGAUUGGCUUCUUCCAAGAAUGGCCUUUUCCAUCUGGCACAGACGAGAGAUGAUUUCCUGGGCCAGGUUGAUGUUCCGCUCAGCCAUUUGCCGACGGAGGACCCGGCUAUGGAGCGUCCCUACACGUUUAAAGACUUCCUCCUGCGGCCCCGAAGUCACAAGUCCCGGGUGAAAGGUUACCUGCGUCUGAAGAUGGCCUAUCUGCCCAAACAAGGAGGACCAGAGGAAGAGGCUGGAGACGUGAGGGAGGAGGCUGAGGGAUGGGAUGAGUCUGCAGACUCAGGCUCACAGCGACCCCAGCAGUUGUUGCCCCCGUUGCCCCCGGGCUGGGAGGAGAAGGUGGAUAACUUGGGACGCACCUACUACGUCAACCACAACAACCGCUAUACGCAGUGGAAACGGCCCUCCAACAUGGAUGUGAUUUCAGAGACUGAGAGUGACAAUCAACAGCGGCAGAUCCAUCAGGAAGCCCACCGUGUUUUCCGUUCAAGACGCCACAUCAGUGAAGACCUUGAGAACGAGCACAUUGAGCCCAGAGACCUGGACAAUUCCUGGGAGCUCAUCACAGAAGAAGAUCCUAACGAGUCUCUGCCUGGCACCUCCUCCAUGCUAACGCCACAACACCCACCGACACCUGCCCCCCAGGAGUUCUCGGAGGACUUAAAUCUGAGGCUGUCACUCACUCCAGAAACGAAUGGUGAAGUGGCAGGCCCCAGCACUGCUCUGACCCAGCUGUCAAACAGACUCCGAUCCUCGAGCAUGACGGAUGGUGUCAGUGAUCAGGCCCAGGCUCCUCCUCCUCUUAUGGCAGGCCUUGGUGUCUCAUUUACAUCCUCUCUGUUGGCAUGUAUCAGUGCUCAGGGUUCCCAGACCAGAAGAACAAGAGCUCAGACAGUCUCAGGUGGUGAGGAGUCAAUGUCUCCCUCGGGCACCCCUUACUCCUUGACCACCCCCGGCCUGCCUCCUGGAUGGGAAGAGAGGAAGGACGGCAAGGGAAGAACUUAUUUCGUCAACCAUAACAGCCGCACCACUACCUGGACUAGGCCGAUUGUGCAGCUGACUGAAGAUGGAGCCAGCACCUCAGCAGCAGCAGCAGCAUCAUCAUCGUCAGGAGGAGCCUCGGCCCUGACACCUGCAUCCACCCCCUCCACCUCCUCCAAUGCCUCCACCAACCACCUCCAUGAGCCCCAAGUCCGACGACCUCGUAGCCUCAGCUCCCCUACCGUCACCCUUUCCACCCCCUUGGAGGGAGCCAACAACAUCCAGGUGCGGAGGGCUGUAAAGGACACGGUGUCCAACCCGCAGUCCCCACAGCCAUCCCCUUACAGCUCCCCCAAGUCCCAGCAUAAGACCCAGCAGAGCUUCCUGCCCCCGGGCUGGGAGAUGAGGAUAGCCCCCAACGGAAGGCCUUUCUUCAUCGACCACAACAGCAGAAACACAACCUGGGAGGAUCCCAGGUUGAAAUAUCCCGUUCAUUUGAGGAAUAAGAACUCGAUGGAACCUGGGGAGCUCGGUCCUCUUCCUCCUGGAUGGGAAGAAAGAAUUCACUCAGACGGACGCACCUUCUACAUUGACCACAAUACAAAGAACACGCAGUGGGAGGACCCUCGUCUGCAGAGUCCAGCUAUCACAGGACCCGCCGUCCCUUACUCCAGAGAGUUCAAGCAGAAAUAUGACUACUUCAGGAAGAAAUUGAAGAAACCGGCUGACAUUCCCAACCGCUUCGAGAUGAAGUUACACAGAAACAACAUCUUUGAAGAGUCGUACCGUCGAAUCAUGUCCCUUAAAAGGCCGGAUGUUCUGAAGGCUCGGCUGUGGAUCGAGUUUGAGUCAGAGAAAGGUCUGGACUACGGCGGUGUGGCCAGAGAGUGGUUCUUCCUCUUAUCCAAGGAGAUGUUCAACCCUUACUACGGCCUGUUUGAAUACUCUGCCACGGACAACUACACUCUCCAAAUCAAUCCCAACUCCGGCCUGUGCAACGAGGACCAUCUCUAUUUCAAGUUCAUCGGGCGUGUGGCAGGGAUGGCCGUGUUUCAUGGAAAACUACUGGAUGGUUUUUUCAUCCGGCCGUUCUACAAGAUGAUGCUGGGGAAACAGAUUUCCCUGAAAGAUAUGGAGUCAGUGGACAGUGAAUACUACAACUCUCUAAAGUGGAUUCUGGAGAAUGAUCCCACAGAGCUGGACCUGAGGUUUUGUAUCGAUGAGGACAACUUUGGACAGACGUACCAGGUGGACCUGAAGCCCAGUGGCUCAGACAUGGUGGUCACCAAUGACAACAAAAAGGAAUACAUUGACCUCGUCAUCCAGUGGAGGUUUGUCAAUCGGGUCCAGAAGCAGAUGAACGCCUUCCUGGAGGGCUUCACAGAACUUAUUAUUGUAGAUCUGAUCAAGAUCUUUGAUGAAAAUGAACUGGAGCUGCUCAUGUGCGGUCUGGGUGACGUCGACGUGAACGACUGGAGACAACACACUGUUUACAAGAACGGAUACUGCCCUAACCACCCCGUUAUUCAGUGGUUCUGGAAGGUCGUCCUGUUGAUGGAUGCCGAAAAGAGGAUCCGACUCCUCCAGUUUGUAACGGGAACAUCACGUGUGCCCAUGAAUGGCUUUGCGGAGCUUUACGGUUCUAAUGGACCACAGCUGUUCACAAUCGAGCAGUGGGGAACACCGGAUAAGUUACCAAGAGCUCACACAUGUUUCAACCGCUUGGAUCUCCCCACUUAUGACUCAUUUGAGGACCUGAGAGAGAAACUCCUCAUGGCGGUGGAGAACGCGCAGGGCUUUGAGGGAGUCGACUAAAGAAGCAACCUUCGACUGCAUCCAACCAACAAACAAUAAAAAAACAAAAAACAAAGCUACAGGGAUGUCAAACCAGCUGCUGUAGUGGCAGUUCUGUGCGAGCAUGUUGUAUUGUAAUGCCUGAACGUGAGCCACCUCCACAACACGGUGGUUUCGAGACUGUACAGCGAUUUGUCGAGACAACUUGCCUACGUCUUUAUAUCUUUUCAGUGCGGGUAGCUCGCUUCUUAAAGGUGCUGGGGAAAAAACAGGCAGUGCCCCCCCCCCCCCCCCCCGCUGAAUGCUGAAAUCUAUUAUGUACAGGCAUGAGCGAUGAAUGAGCUGGCCCCCCCACCUGAUCCGCCGUUUCUUUCCCCUCGUCCUGUGAAAAUCUACAGUGCUGGAAAACACUCAUGCAUUUCAAUAGCUCCUUUAUGUAACACAGUAUUCUGCACCCUUCACUGCAGGGGUCUUAGCAUGGCCUUAAUCUGGCUCCUACAUGCACUAUUUCUCUUAAGAAACUGCAAUGGCACUAUGAUCACAACUCUCUCUCUCUCUCAAAUCCUUAGACCAACACCAGAUUACCUUAGGAAUGCUAGCCAAUCACAUUUCAGGAAAUCGGCCACACCCCUCCGUAGAGCCUGUUGUGUGAUCAGAAACCGCCACUGCAGCCUUUUUGUAGAGUAAUGAUUUUGUUAUUUUAGCCGCUGGUAAAGAAUUCAAAAACGUGGGAUGAAACGAUCCCCGAAACUGAUUUUUUAUAGUUUUUGUCAUUAUGGAAGAGAUUUUGUUUUUUCGUUGUUUUUUAAUCAUUGGUAUAAUUCUCGCAGGAAAAUACUCUAAACGUAUUUGUACUGAUGAACAAUGUUGUUUACUAUUUUGACAAUUCUAUAUGACAUGGUGUGUGAAGUGUAAAUCUGGCUAGUCUGCAAAUAAUCCAUAUCAUUUGUUAUGGUGAUAGCAAAUGUGUUGAAUAAAAUGGUUUUUAUUGUAGUGCUAUGAAAGCAGCAUGAAACUGUAUCUUGUGUUUGCUUUGACUACAUACUGUAGUUGUAAUUUAGACGUGUAAUAUGUCUCAAGGUUGAGAAAGGGAAAACUAAACUAAACCCCACGCUAGUUUCUCUGAGAUGUUUGCGUCAUGAUUAUAUGAAUAUUCUCAUGCCUGUUGCUGUUUAUAAUGCUGUAAAUUGUUCUUGGGAAAAAAAUAACACAUUUUAAGUUCUUUCAUGAUAUAUAAAUAUAUGUAUGAACUACAUUUAACAGAACUAUUACUGAUCAACGUCACUAAAAUGAAGCUGUGUGCGCGUGCGGGUGUUUGAGAGAAAAGCUGUGAUUGCCACUGAAUAUAAAGCAGCAUGUUUCUUACAGAGCAAAACUUUGUUUUUAAAAUGUUUUUGUUUCUCUCCUUUUUCUAACACCAUUGAACCUAAAGGGCACUUUAUAGAUCACUCUGAGGUCAUGUCUCCUAUUGUAUGUGUUUUGUCAUUAACUUGAAUGUGAUUCUUUCUUUUUUCCAUUCGGAGCACUUACCUGGUGCAAUAUAAAUAGUCUGUAAAUCUGGGCUGCUGCUAAGGUAGAAAAAGUUAACAGAUGUGAAGCAUGGUCUUUACAUCCUUUGGUAUCCUUUUAUUCCUUCUCUUUUUCUUGACCAUUUCCUCUUAGCUUCCCUCUGUGAUUCUCCCUUUUCAAAACUGGUUCAGUCCUUGUUUUUUUUAGAGGGGUUUUGUUAUUUUAUCGAAUCAUGGGAAAAUAUCACUUUUGUUAAACGUUUCCACCACUCUCUGCAACUCCUUGUGGUUCAUUUAACUUCAGUCAAAUAAAAAUGAAACUUCUCAGA